GACAGCCUCGCGAGCCAUGUCACAGAGAGCAGUAAGGCGCGUGAGCUUUCCAACUGCACAGCGCGGUCGCUGGAGCGCGUGAGUGCGCGAGACAGCACAACCGGUCGAACUGGCGAGGGAAGUAAGGCGCACUACCCUAACGUAAACCUGUGAGGUCUUCACAAAUUUGACGCUUUGCUUGUGCAAACUAUUCUCCUUUGCUUGUUUGUUUGUUUUUUUUUCCCCUUCUGUUUCUUUUAUGUAUUUUAUUUUCCCCCACCGGAUCCGUUUCGCUCGCUCGCACGCGCGAGACAUCCACGCAGUGCUUCGUCACUCUGGUAGCCUACGUAUUAAUGAAACGCGAGUAGUUUAGGAGAGACUGACGGCGCGCACAGCGGUGUGUGCAUGGAGAAACGAGCUUGUGGAAACAGUUUUUUAGGGAGAAGCAGAGAAAGGAACGCAGGUGGGACGAAACCGGAUGCGUGAAGACGAAAAGUUCAUUCGGUUGGUGCAGGAUUUUUUUAAAAAAACACAAACAAACAAACAAACAAAACAACAAACGUGCGCGUUAUUUCUGCGUGGGAGACCUGCGAAUUGGGAAGGACAGAACUGAGUGGUUAAGCACACAUAUGCAUGGACAGUCCCUGAGGAUUUGGAGGCAUUCAUUGCGCACGAGAUCAGGGAUUCCCUUCUAAGCAGAGGGACGAAUAUUAUAUGCAAAUCCACUUAGGCUUUCAUUAAGAUGUAGCCUGAUGUGCACACCGCCUUCCCAGAACUAACCGAGCAGCAUUCUCUUCCAGGCUCAUUGAUUAAUCCAUCAUCCACACAGAGUUGGACCAUGUGGAAGUGACUAAAGACGAGGACACACGCAUGCUUUCCUUCUUUAGAGAGCUUCAUUAGGUUCCUCUCGGCGUUCCUCCAGGCGUGAGACAUCGGAGAGACAAUUCAGCGAUCAUGCAUUUCCUUCUGCGUCCUCAGGUGUUUUCCAUCUGGAUCGCACUCUUUUCUGGGGCCACAGCUGAGCUCACAUGCGACACUCUGCUCCUGCUCUCCACCAACCUCACCGCUCGCACCUUAAUACUAUGGAACCAGACAACGAGCUCCAGUAAUGCCACAGGUUUGUUCUGUAAUAUAUCUAUAGAUGGCAUUGGGACGUGUUGGCCCAGGAGCAGCGCGGGGGAAAUAGUAGCACGUCCGUGUCCCGAGACCUUCUUGGGUGUCCGCUACAACACCACCAAUAAUGUCUACAGAGAAUGUCUCCCCAAUGGAACCUGGGCGAAGAAGGGGAACUAUUCCCAGUGUCAGGAAAUUCUCAAUGAAGAGAAAAAGAGCAAGCUGCACUACCACAUUGCAGUGAUUAUAAACUACCUUGGCCACUGCAUCUCUCUCGGAGCCCUGCUGGUUGCCUUCAUUCUCUUUAUGAGGCUGAGGAGCAUCCGCUGCCUUAGGAACAUCAUUCACUGGAAUCUGAUUACGGCUUUCAUCCUGCGCAAUGCUACGUGGUUCGUAGUGCAGCUGACCAUGAACCCAGAGGUGCAUGAGAGCAAUGUGAUCUGGUGCAGGCUGGUUACAGCAGCGUAUAAUUACUUUCAUGUGACCAACUUCUUCUGGAUGUUUGGUGAGGGCUGCUAUCUGCACACGGCCAUCGUGCUGACUUACUCCACCGAUAAGCUCAGGAAGUGGAUGUUCAUCUGUAUCGGCUGGUGUAUUCCCUUUCCUAUCAUCGUUGCAUGGGCCAUUGGGAAGCUGUACUACGACAAUGAAAAGUGCUGGUUUGGAAAGAGAGCUGGUGUUUAUACUGACUACAUCUACCAGGGCCCCAUGAUCCUUGUUCUUCUGAUUAACUUUAUUUUCCUUUUCAACAUCGUGAGGAUCCUGAUGACAAAGCUAAGAGCCUCCACCACAUCAGAGACAAUUCAGUACAGGAAAGCGGUGAAGGCCACUCUGGUCCUGCUGCCUCUCCUCGGGAUCACCUACAUGCUUUUCUUUGUCAACCCCGGAGAGGACGAGAUCUCCCAAAUCGUCUUCAUCUAUUUCAAUUCUUUCCUUGAGUCCUUUCAAGGUUUCUUCGUGUCUGUGUUUUAUUGCUUCCUGAACAGUGAAGUCCGUUCCGCUGUUCGGAAGCGCUGGCAUCGUUGGCAGGACAAGCACUCAAUCCGGGCAAGGGUGGCACGGGCCAUGUCCAUUCCCACCUCGCCCACUCGGGUCAGCUUCCACAGCAUCAAGCAGUCAUCUGCUGUCUGAUCUUAACUGAUCUUGAGCACCAUAACUUUACUUUUAUUGCACUCUCCCUACCCUCCAUUGCUAAGCAAACCCAGGGAACAGCUGCAGUCCAAACAGGGUAUGAGACGUUCAGUUGAAUAACGCCCCAAAAAUGGAGUGCAAAUGUAGACACAAGUGUAAGACUCAUCUACCAGAGUGGUGGAGAAAAGAGAGCUUGGAGGAAAUAACCUGGAGCAGGAGUUACCCUCUGUUCAAUUGAGAGGGGGGUGAGACUUGAUCAUCCUCUGAAGAAUAAAGGGUAGAAAUUCCAAGCUCCAGAAACACACUGUGGUGGGGCCUGUCUAGUUGUAAUGGUCAAAAUUUAAUUUAAUUACUUUUCCCUUGUAAGCUCUUUUUGUGUGAGGGAUUUUUCAGUCAGAGACUGCUGGCUCAGCUACACCGGUCAAAUCAGGAUAAUGUCAUAUCAGGAUAAUGAAGCCUGGAAGCAUUGUGGAGAAGUCUGUCAAAUACCUGCAGCUUCAAAUCAAAGUAUUUGGCGAACUUUGAUGGUGGCACACUUUCCUUGUGGUUACAGAUGGAACAUGUCUGUUUGGGAUAAAAAAAAUUUUUGUUAUUAGAUAGCUGAAGUAUUGUAUGUCAGAAUGGGUAUAUGUUCAGAGAAUAUAUGGACCAUCUCUCAAAUAUAAAAUGAUUGCAGCUUUCUCAGUCUGCUACCCUUUAACAUAAGGAGUCAUUUCAAACAUGAAUACUCAGUUGAGUCUUUUUUGCUCUCUUAAGUUCAGGGAUUCCGACAGUCAGUUAUCACAGAGAGGGUAAAGAAGUUUGUUAAAACACCACCUUUUCUAAUAUCACAGCUUCUCAAAUGUUUUCCUACAAUUUGUACCAUUCCAUUAGGUAAGCUAAACAGAGAGAUUACCUAAGACAGUAGUACCUACAGGCAACCCCAGAAGCUGUCAUAUUGCUUGUGAUGUUUUUAUUCAUGAGGACCAAUAAUAUAAUCUUAGAAGCUAUGAAAUUUCAAUGAAAAUGAACAAAUAUGAUUAUUGCUUACAUUUUUCCUAUCGCUGCAUUAUGGGAAUCUCUUGAGUUUCUUUCAAUACAACACUUUCAACCAUAUUAUAUAAGAUAUAACUCCUGCUUGUGUGAAUGGUCAUCUGUAUUUUAGCACACCAUGAAAUUUAGGCCUAUCUGGCAUAUCUUAUUUCCAAACUGUCUCUACUCAAUUUAGACCAGACUCAAAGAGCAAGAGCAGAAAGAAAUGAACGCCAUCAGACACUUUCCUGCUUGUCCAUUAGAAUGUUUUAGAGUAAUAACUAAAAAAAUAUGCUUUGAGAAAAGAAAAACAAACUGUUUGAACCAAGAAAAAAAAAAUCCUGUUACAUAACGUUUUAAGAACUUCAACCCCACAGGCAACUGAAUGUAUUCAAUUACAAUCCAGCUUCCUGUUUAGAUACAGUUUCAUUCUACAAAUUACCAGCAGGCAAACAAGGUGUGUACAAACCAAGCAGCACUAGAAUUAAGAAAAGGCAAGGAGAACAGGACAAGCAUCCUCCAAAAAUAACCCAAACCACACCAGAACAUGCUGAGGCAUGUGAGAGAAUUUGUUUGUGCUUUAAAUAGACACAGUUUCAGUGUUCCAGCUAUAAAACCCUGUCAAUUUGGACAGAAUGUGAAACAGAGUUUGACUUUGAUCACUUGAGUUUCUUAUGUAGAAAGACAGAAAGUAUCAAGCACAAGAAAGCAGCCAUUAUGUUAACUGUGGAGAGGGUUUUUCCAGGGCAGCCUCUGCAGUGUUUUUGUGAUAAAGCAUGGUGAUAAAACAUUUAGGAGAGAUAUAUGAGAUGGCACAAGAUUAAAAUUGCCCUGCCCCAGGGAACUAAAAUUCUAAUCCAAUCUAUGCCAUUGGGAGAGAACUGUAAAGCUGUUCAAAUCAGUAAUAAGGGCAACAUCUUCAAAGACCAUUGAAAUUUUUCUGAAUUCUAAAAAUUGGAAAGGGGAAGAGCGAGUAAAGGGUCACUCAGAGCAGUUCCUUGUGUUGUAACCCUGCGUUCACACUGUCACAUGUACAUAGGCGUCGAUUUCAGCAACAGCUGCAAGAGCCGGAAUGGCAAGCAACAUUUGAAAUGAGGUUUUCUCAGUUCUCUGCUAAUUAUGUAUGACUUGGAAAAACAACAAAUCAAAACAAUCAGCUCGAAAGAACAUGUUGCUCAUUAAAUGUGCGUAGAGACAUUAUGAAGAAAAAUAAAGCUUGGAACAUAGCUUGUACAGCUAGCUUGCCUUGCCAAUGUGCCAACAAAGCUAGUACAAAACCUAGCACGUAACAUGCAAAGCAAACACUCAUUUUUCACACUGAAUAGUGCAUUCUUUUUAAUUUGCAUUUAACCAGUUAGCCAUAGAAGUAUAGCUACUACUCGUUCUCAUGGUACAGAGAAAUGGUGGAAAGUGCAGUAAACCCAAAAAUGACAUCAUUAGCAGUCGCUACACACCCACAAGUGACAGAUACAGGCGAUAUGAGCAACUCACUAAUGUGAGCUUAGGUUAGAUGUGCAAUUGAGCAAGACCAGAUUUAACACGAAGAAACCAAAAAUGAGUGUAAGACAUCCAAAUAGUGACUGACUGAUACCUGAGCAACCUAAUACCACAAUAUCCAGUUGUGAUUAAACAUAUGAAAGUCUCUGUUGAUACAUAAUACAUCUUUUGCUAGAGUUACACUUAGAAGUGUGCAGAAAUAACACAAUUGUAAUGGUAGACAUGUGGCUCGUACUUCUCUGGACCAGUCUCUAGACCAAUGCAACCUGAUUUUGGUCUCCUCUCAGUCUUGAAUGCAUUUUAUCUCGAUUUGGUUUUGGUCUUAUAUCAGGCUUUGCUCACUGGUGCUUGUUAACUGCAGUCUAUAAUACAGUUUGGAUUUAUAUACCACAGUUUGUAAAAUUGUGUAGUUGUUUAGCAAUCUUGAUCUCAUACGCUUUAUUGUUGGUCUUGGCUUGGCCAGGACUCAGACCAUCUUGUCUAGUACACUGCAAUCUACCUUGUCCGUAAUGCCAAAACUAUAACUCGAGAUUUGUCCCCAUUUGACCUGCGAUUGUUAGACUGUUGGAUGAAGCAUCAAUGGCAAAAAUGCAUCAGUGUUCUUUCUGCACUGUUUUGGUCUCAAUCCCACUCAGUUUUGUUGCAUUUUCUUGGAUGUCUUUACAUGAAAGUAAUACAUUUAAUACCUUCUAGAUAAAAAAAGUUUUAAAAAAAAGUUGAGUGAGCUUCAGACAGAAGAAGCAUUGAUCAUCUUAAAGCAACAUUUAAUUCUCUGUGAUCUUUUCCACUUGUGAGAUUCCCCAAAAGUGCAGUGAAAUGGUAGUGAGAGUUCUUUAAGUGCUCUUUCAGACAUUUGUAAUGAUGGAGCUAUUACUACAGACCGGGAACGCAAAACCAAUAUAUACAGUCAGGUCCAUAAGUAUUUGGACACUGACACAAUUUUUGUAAUUUUGCCUCUGUACACCACCACAAUGAAUUUGGAAUGAAGCAAUCAGGAUGUGAUUGAAGUGUAGACUUCCAGCUUUUUUUUUUUUCAAGUGGUUUAACAAAAAUAUUGCAUUAACCGUUUAGGAAUUACAGCCAUUUUUAUAGAGUCCCUCCAUUUUCACAAUCUCAGAAGUAAUUGGACAACCUAACAUAAUCAUAAAUAUUAUCAACAUUUUUAAUACUUGGAUGUAAAUCCUUUGCAGUCAAUGUCUGCCUGAAGUCUGGAACCCAUGGACAUCACCAAAUGCUGAGUUUCCUCCUUUGAGAUGCUUUGCCAGGCCUUUACUGCAGCUGCCUUCAGUUGCUGCUUGUUUUCUGCUUUUUCUUGUUUUCAGUUUUGUCUUCAGUAAGUGAAAAGCAUGUCAAUUGGGUUGAGGUCAGGUGAAUGCCAUUUAAGAACAUUCCAUUUCUUUGCCUUACAAAGCGCUUGGGUUGCUUUUGCGGUAUGUUUUGGGUCAUUAUCCAUCUGUACUGUGAAGUGCCGUCCUAUCAGUUUUGCAGCAUUUGACUGAAUCUGAGCAGAAAGUAUAGCUCCAUACACUUCAGAAUUCAUCCUGCUACUUCUAUCAGCAGUCACAUCAUCAAUAAACACCAGUGACCCAGUUCCAUUAUCAGCCAUAUACAUGCCCAUACUAUAACACUUCCUCCACCAUGUUUGACAGAAGAUGUGGUAUGCUUUGGAACAUAAGCCUUUCCUAUCCUUCUCCAUACUCUUCUCUUCCCAUCAUUCUGGUACAAGUUACUCUUGUAUCUGAACUGGACAGGCUUUUUUAGAGGUUUUUAGCAAAGACUAAUCUGGCCUUUCUGAUUUUUUUUUCAGCUCAGUGAUGGUCUAUUGCAUAUUGAAAGUUCCCAUGAACACCCAUCAAAUGCAAUUUAAACACUUGGAAUCAACUCCAGACCAUUUAUGCCCUUAAUUUGUCAUGCAGUAACGAGGAAACAGGCCAUACUUGGCCAUGAAACUGCAAAUCAGUCAUGAAACAUGACAUGAAACAAAACAUGAAAAUCAGUCAAUUGUCCAAUUACUUUUGAGCCUGUGAAAAUGGAGGAACUCUGUAAAAAAAAAAAAAGGGCUGUAAUUCUUAAACAACUAAUGCAAUAUUUUUGUUAAACCCCUUGAAUUAAAGCUGAAAGUCUACACUUAAAUCACAACUUGAUUGCGUCAUUUCAAAUCCAUCGUCGUGAUGUACAGAGGCAAAAUUAUGUUAUGUGAUUAUGUGAUUAAGUGAUGAGACAUGCUUUGAUAGAUGCUGAUGUAUAUUUUAAGUUUUUUGUCGUCAUUAUUAUGGCAGAUCACACCAGUUUCUCCAAAUGCUGCAAGCCCUGAAAACCUAUAUAAUUAUGUCAUCUCUUUGGCUCUCUGGUUUCCCCAUUAAAGCAGGGCUCUAGGCUUGAAUAUAUAGCCCCAGUUCCAUGAUUCUGAGCCACAGCUGACCGAGACCUGUGACUGCAACCUGCUGACUCGACACUGAGCAGCAUCUAACCAUUGGAUGAUAUCCAAAAAGCACUGACACUCAGGAUCUAUAGCGUUGUUAUAUUCUCCCAUAACCUAUAUUCUCUUGUGUGUUUGUCAAGGUGAACCAGCUAAGCAUGUGUGUAAGUCUGUACAUUCAGCCAGCACUUAUAAUAUAUACCUUUAACCCACCUUUUAGCAUCAGACAGCUUCAAGAACUAUAACAAAUCUAAAUUUUAACAGCAAUAAUGACACCUAAUACCCGGCUCUAUAAUGUAUUUGUUGCUACAUACAGUUUUUAUUUAUCAAGGUAGUUUGUAUUGUAAGAGUUAGCUAUUAGCAUUCAGCUAGUUUGUAUCAUCAGCUAGCUAACAUUUGAGCGAUUAGGAAUAAAGCUGUUAGUUAGCCUUAGCUACUGUUUUCCUGUGCUCCUUGGUUCCUUGGUGAAAGGGGUAGUAAUUUACCAUCAGUAACUAAAAUCAGUGUUUGAUUUUCUUUCGUGUACUUUUACUUUCAUUCUGUAAGUAAAUGCAAGGGUUUAUACUUUUCUAAUCUAACCUGAGUGAAGAAUCUGAAGCUGUAGUUCAACUUUUUACCAGAGGAUUUAUUUAGAUGAGGAUUUAUCUCAUUUAACUUGAGUAAAGAAUUGGGGUACUUUCAGCACCUCUGUGUAUAUAUACGCACUCACUGACCACUUUAUUAGGAACACAUGUACCUCUGCUAAUUCCUGAAAUUAGCCAGUCAUGUGGCAGCAUAAAAUCAUGCAGUUACAGAUUUAGCUAAUAUUCACAUCAAACAUCAGAAUGGGCAAAAAAUCUCAGGUGAUCCCUGUGACUUUCAUCGUGGCAUGGUUGUUCGUGACAGACAGGCUGGUUUGAGUAUUUCAGAAACUGUUGAUUUCCUAGGACAUCCAGUGAGUGGCAAUUCUAUAACUGGAAAUGGGUUGUUGAUGAGAGAGGUUAGAGGAGAAUGGUCAAACUUGUUCAAGCCUACUGGAAGGCUCUGGUAACUCCAAAAAUCACUCUUUACAACCAUAGUGAGCAGGAAAGCAUCUCAGAAUGCACAACACAUCGAACCUUGUGGAGGAUGGGCUAAAACAGCAGAAGACCACAUCGGGUUCCACUCCUGUCAGCCAAUAACAGAGAUCAGAUGUUACAGUAUGCACAGGCUCCCUGAAACUGUUGAUGUUGUAUGCUCACCCUAUUCUGGUGUUUAAUUAACUGAAGCUCUUGACUUGUAUCUGCAUGAUUUUAUGCAUUGUGCUGCUGCUACAUGAUUGGACAGUUGCAUGAAAGAGCAGGUAUACUAUGUUCCUUAUAAAGUUGUCGAGGAGUGUAUUAUGGCUCCAAAAAUUAGAAAAGUGGUUGGUUCACACUUUUUAAUCAGACAUUAGUAUCAGAGCUAGGUUCAUGACCAACAAAAAAGUGUGAUAUUUAAUGGCUCUUUUGCUAUUGAAAAUAAAUAGCAUUCUACUAAAUCCACAUCAAUUAAAGGCCAGUCAUGGCAUAUUCGGUUUAAUAUGUCUCUUACCAAAAUGUGUCCACAGGAAUGGUUAAAUAAAGAUGUAAUGGAAUUCUCAUGGUUAGUAUCUGGCACUGAAAAGGAAAGCUGAAUCAGGAUUCCUUUCAUUGGCUCCAGAUUAUUGACACAAAGCUACUGCAUUCUUUGAUUAUUGAUCAUCACAUCUUAGCAGUAUGGAUGUGAAAGACACUGAAGGGCAUCGGAGGAUCUUAUUCAGUAUUACAUCUAAGCCUUCUUUUUAGUGCAAAUGGUCCCUGUAUUCAAAAGGAAUGACAGAAAACGUCCAAUUAUAAAUGAAACUAAAAAAAUUAUAUUCCUGCUUGAAUACAUCAAAGUUAUAAAAUGACAGUCACAAUAGUAGUCCGAAAUCUUAGAAGAGCAGUAAUGUUUGUAUAAAUAGCCCCUUAUUCAAAGCUGUGAGAUGUUUUAUUCUUUUUGGAUUUUUUUUUUCUUAUUUUAGUUUUCCUCUUUUUUGAGAAAGGAAAGCCACCAGGAAAUAAUAUAAUACUCAAAAUUUCUUAGAAGUUUAUUUAUUCCACCAGCACACCCAGUAUGUACUCAGUUUUGGCAAUAGUCAUAUGGGAAACAAAAAAGUGUACAUUUUUAACAUAUCCAUCAGUAUCAUUUACCCAUGUUGUAUCUGCUUCAAUACAAUGCAAAAAGAUAUAAAUAUAUAUAUAUGUAUGUAUAUUUGUAUUGUAGUUCAGUAGAACUCCCAUUUACGAUAGGGUCAGUGUCUGUAUCAGAUUUGUUGGCCGUAGUCCUGUAGACUAUAUUGAGGUUUUUUGCAGAAUUAUUUUUGUUUUCUUUCUAAACCGUGUAACGCUUUGUCAUCGUAGGAUCACAUAUAAAGCGUGAUUAUGAACACUUUUCUGUUCUGAUCUUUAUUUCCAUAAAAAAAAACAAAGCUGCUGUCUUUUUAUUUUUUCUGAUUCAUUCGGUUCUUCUUCUCAUGUCUGCAGUAGACAUGAGCUGUACAGGGCCUGGACCGAGUUGUAUCUUUAAUGUCCUAAUGUAUGUUUUUUCUGUUGUGCUCAUCAAUGUCGUGAAGGUGUACAUAUAAAAUAUUUAUUUAUAGGUAUAUGACACAGAAAUCUAUAUUUAUUACAUUAUUUAAAAAAAAUGUUUCGAGUAUGUAGGUGCACAAGUAUCAGAGUUCAUUAUAUACCAAAUGAAGUGUGUGGAUUUUGAAGGGAGGAAUGGAUAAAAUGUAUUUUUUUUGUGUGUGUGAAAAUUGUUUUGUGGUUGUGUAGAAAAACUAUUUGAUUUCAGCUUCUGCAGUGUUUAGUGAACAUCAUAUUUCACUCCAGUUGUUUAUGUGUUGCUUUAUUUUCAUGUUUUACAGAAUUGAGGACCUAUGUUGGAGUGUAUUGAAGAUGUAGAUUUACAUUGUUCUACAUGUUCUAGCCAUCUUUAAUUUCAUAUUUUUUGCAUUACAAACUUAGAGUUUUUGAUAUUAUUAUGUGAUGAUGCAUUUGGAAAUUAACGUCUUAUGUCUCUCCACAGCACACUUGAGAUAAUGGAAAAACAAAAUAUAUGAUGGAAAUUAUAUCCAUAUGAAAGGGAAUGUAAUUAAGCCAUAGAUUUGUGGCAAAAUCAUUUCAUUCCACUACUGGACUAUGAAACUGAGAGUGUAUUAUAGAGUCAAAUUAUUAAAAAGUGUUUAUCACAGAACUCGCUCUAUCUAAGUCUGGAGUCACGUUUUGCCUUAAUUUAAGUCUUUUUUCCAUGUAGUGGACCCUCUGUGUUAGCUGUAUGUUUUUAUAGAAAAUUCUCUCAGAAAAUUACUUUUGAAUGAUCACAUUGCUGCGUUGCUGCAUGUCUAACUUAAACACACCAUUCAUAUAGACCACAUUAGUUUCUAUUCCUGUUGUGGAAAAGGAAGCAGCUGAAAGAUAUAUGAAGGACGAGCCCUGGUUAUUGUCCUGUGCAGGCAUCCCGGAUUUACUUUGCACCAUCUUACUCAAAAUUAAAGUGUCCAUACAAUAGUCUGUUACAUUUCAGCAUAACAUAAUAAGGAAAUGUUUAUUUAGCUUUUGUGGAAGGAGUCUCCAGUGUCAGUGCUUUGUAACAGUCAGAGGUAAAGCUGUUCUUUUAAGUUUUAAUGUAUUUGCAGUUUCUAGGAAACAUGGCAAGCUGCAUUUUUUGUCUUAUUAACUUAAAAAAAGAGAGGCUGUUGAAGAGCAACUGUUCAUAACAUGCUAUAAGACAUGCUAUCAUAAACAUGCUAUCAUAAGUGAUAACAGGAACUAAUUUGAUGGAUGUUCCACAACAUUAAAUUUAAUUAUAUAUGGUUAAAGCAUAUGUCAUUCUGUAAUAAAUAAUAAAUUGUUAGCAUUGACAAAUUGCUCUGGUAUAAGAGGAAUAAAACACUUUGCUGUUAUAGGAAAAUAAUCAAUCUGUCAUUGACACCCUGUCAUGUUUUAUUCCUUGUAUAUGACACACCACUGGUGGAUUCUCUGUACCAGCGUCUGUGUAUACAUCCUUCAUCAUCAAAUAUAGACUAUUGAAUAUAUUAAUGGAUACUUUAUAUUACAUACCUUGAAUACCCAUUGUGAUACACCGUGUGAUAGCUAAGUGUUAUUUCCUCACACAGUGAAUGUCACGCUUUGAUCAAGUUGCUGGAUAUCUGCACAAUAUAUAGAGAAACUUACAUAAGCCUAAUCAGUUUAGUUUGUAAUCAGAUACGAAUUGUCAAAAUGACAUUCGUGAUGUUCCUUUGUCUCAGUCAGAAGGAACUCUUUAAAUGCAAUUUUCAUUUUUGGUGGUAAUCACUUUUUAAAAUCUUAUAGCUUUACUUGUGAUUGAGAUGCAUGCAAAUGAGCAAAAUAUUUCAGUUCAGUAAAGUAUGUCUGUCUGUAUCUACUACACAGUAUACUAUACAACUAUAUGGUAGACAAUGUCAAAAUUUCCCCAUGUAAAGGGUUUUCCCCAGGCACAUUUUAUAAAUGAAGGUUCUGUCACAAUCAGAAAGGAAAUCUUAUUGGAAAAAUCAACAAUAAACCAAUGUAAUUACACUCAUUGUGUUAUAUGUCAACUCUCAAGAUACACUUGUAUACAUGUUUUACACAAGAUUUACUGCUGUAAACCAUCUAUAACAGUUCAUACUUCCUCAGUAGUUGCAUUACAGUUGCAUGUAUAAUUUAUAUCCAGGUAAAUGCAGUAGAUAUUAGAGAUUAUAUUAUAUAAAGGUGAGUUAAAUAAAGUAUUACAGUUAUAACUCUCGCUAUGUUCAGUGGAGUUGAAGCAAAGUUUAGCUUCUUUGAUAUUAACAUGAAACGUAUCCAUAGAUAGAAAGUCAAAAAAGACUAAAUCAAAAACAUAUUUUUCUGACUGAAUAGGAGAAGAAGUACAGUAAUAUGCCUGACAUUAAAAUCCAAAAAUAUGAGAUGUUUCAUCUCCUUGUUUGAGGAUAUGUUGUCAAUCAGUGUAUUUCUUUCAAGCUGUAUUGCAUCUGGUAUUCUCUUUUUUCUGUGAAUCAUACAACUACACAAUCUUUGUGUGAACAUAUUUGUUUUUUUCCCAUGUUUUUCUAUUUUCAUGUUUUGCUACUCUGGAUGAAAGGCAUUUAUCUCUUCAAAACAUGACCAAGCAUGAAAUAUU